AAACCAGGACUCCUAGAUUCUGGUCUCACCCCUUAGGUGGGAGCAUGAGCUAGAGGGUUGAGCUGGUGUUCGAGUAGUUGGGAGUCCUGGGUGCAGCACUGCUCUCUUUAGACAAAUCAGAACAGUAGCAUUUUGUAUGGGUGUAAGGGGCGAGCCAUGGCAGAGUCAGCCGCAUUUUCAUUAAAAAAAAUUGGAAAUAGAGGGCUUGAUUCUGAUCUUCUCCUGUUGUAAAUAAGCAGCAACUCCACUCAAGGAGAGAAAUUGCCCUUGUGACUGUUGUCAGUAAAUUAUAAGUACCAAGGAGAUACAGAAGGAAGAAAGGAUAUGGUAUUGCCCAUCCUAUUAGCCUGCAAACAGGGAAGAGGCCAGAAGAUUAUGGGUAGCAGAAGGAGAGCCUAAUAUUUAUCUGGCUGGAGCACUCUGGAUCCUUGAAAUUAACAGUGUGAGGAUUUAGAAAUGCCAUAAAAGGAAACUGCAGUAGUCAAGUCAGAGUGUACUUGAAGCCUGAAGAAGGAUUAUAGCAGAAGGUUACGAUCCUGUUUUAUCCAACGGUUACAGAGCAAUGAACAGAGUUUAAUGAAUUAAGACUCACAACUCACCUGCAAGGUCUGUGACGAUGGAAGAAGGGGUCCAUCAUCUAGAAGCCUGACUGGGUGACAGUAGGAAAACCCUCCAAGAGACGGGCAGCUACUAGCUUGAGAUAGAGAGCGAGACAAACAUGCUGAAGCCAAGUGGACUUAAAAUCCCCGGCAGGGCAGGGAAACACUCCAGCCCUGUGGGACGGACUUCGGGGACAGCUGCGGCUGCAGCCACUACUGGCUCAAAGGAAGGCUCACCUUUGCACAAGCAGGUUCCCACCUCCACUGCGAGCACCGAGAAGUCAGGAUCAAAGGUCACUGAGGUGGGCGAUGACUUCCUGGGAGACUUCGUGGUGGGCGAACGGGUCUGGGUGAACGGAGUGAAGCCAGGCGUGAUCCAGUAUCUUGGGGAGACGCAGUUCGCCCCCGGCCAGUGGGCAGGGGUUGUUCUGGAUGACCCGGUGGGUAAGAAUGAUGGCUCCGUUGGUGGCGUACGUUACUUUGAGUGCCAGCUGCUGCAGGGGAUUUUUACACGGCCCUCCAAGCUGACCCGCCAGCCCGUGGCGGAGGGCUCGGGCAGUGAUGCCCAUUCUGUGGAGUCCCUGACAACUCAGAACUUGUCGUUGCACUCGGGGACGGCUACGCCGCCUCUCUCCACUCGCGUCAUCCCCCUGAGGGAGAGCGUCCUGAACAGCACCAUGAAAACUGGAAACGAAUCUGGAUCUAACCUGUCAGACAGCGGGUCCGUGAAAAAAGGCGAUAAAGACUUACGGCUUGGAGAUCGUGUCCUGGUUGGCGGGACGAAAACGGGAGUUGUGCGCUAUGUGGGAGAGACAGAUUUUGCCAAAGGAGAAUGGUGUGGAGUGGAACUUGAUGAACCUCUAGGGAAGAAUGAUGGGGCAGUCGCUGGUACAAGGUAUUUUCAGUGCCCCCCCAAAUUUGGCCUCUUCGCUCCCAUACACAAGGUGAUCCGGAUUGGAUUCCCAUCCACCAGCCCUGCUAAAGCAAAGAAGAGCAAACGGAUGGCCAUGGGAGUGUCAGCCUUAACUCACAGCCCCAGUAGCUCGUCCAUCAGCUCUGUCAGCUCCGUGGCCUCCUCCGUCGGCGGCAGACCCAGCCGGAGCGGAUUGCUGACGGAGACCUCCUCUCGCUAUGCCCGGAAGAUCUCCGGCACGACUGCCCUGCAGGAGGCACUGAAGGAAAAGCAGCAGCACAUUGAGCAGCUGCUGGCAGAGCGAGAUCUGGAGAGAGCGGAGGUUGCCAAGGCCACCAGCCACAUCUGCGAGGUGGAGAAGGAAAUUGCCAUCCUGAAAGCCCAACAUGAGCAGUAUGUCACAGAGGCGGAGGCGAAUCUCCAGCGAGCGCGGACCCUGGUAGAUGGGGUGCAGAAGGAAAAGGUGGAGCUGCUGAACCAACUGGAAGAGGAGAAAAGGAAAGUGGAGGACUUGCAGUUCCGAGUGGAGGAAGAAUCCAUUACCAAGGGGGAUCUGGAGACUCAGACGCAGUUGGAGCAUGCCCGCAUACGGGAGCUCGAGCAGAGCCUGCUGUUUGAGAAGGCACAGGCUGAAAAACUCCUCAGAGAAUUAGAGGACACCAGGUUAACUACGGUAGCAGAGAAGUCUAGAAUCCUUCAGCUGGAGGAAGAGCUGAGUGUCAGGCGUGGUGAAGUGGAGGAGCUGAGACAAUGCCUAAGGAACUCUCACCAGGCAGAGACCCCUGAGCACAAUCUUGGUCUGCAGUCAGAGGCGCUUCGCCUGCGAGACCAGCUGCUGUCUGCCAGCAAGGAGCACCAAAAAGAGAGCAGCCAGCUAAAGGAGAAGUACGAAAAGACCCUGAAGAAGCACCAACAGGAGAUAGAGAAGCUGAAAGCCGUCAAUGAAAAAUACUCCCAGGAAAUCGUUGACCUGAAACACAAAGUUCAACAAGCCACCAAUGAGAACAUGGGGCUGAUGGACAACUGGAAGUCUAAGCUGGACACCUUGGCUUCUGACCAUCAGAAAUCUCUGGAAGACCUCAAAGCCACCCUGAACACAGGCCCUGAUACCCAACACAAGGAGAUAGUAGAACUGAAGGCCGUGGUAGAGAGCAUAAAGAUGGAGCACCAGCUUGAACUGGAGAACCUUAAAGCUAAGCACGAUAUUGAGACCGCGGUUCACAUAAAGGAGAAAGAAAGUCUGAAGCUGAAGCUGCAGGAGGCCAGCGACGAAGUGGAAGAAAGCAACAACAACUGGAAAACGCAACUGGAAACCAAAACAAACCAGCACCUUACAGAACUUCAGGACAUGAAGGACAAGUGCCGAGAUGCCGAACUGAGAGUGCAUGAACUGGAGAAGCUACACAGUGAAUAUAAAGAUCAGGCUCAAGCAAUAGCUUUCUUGAAAGAGCAGAUUUCUCUGGCUGAGAAGAAGAUGCUGGACUAUGAGACACUACAGAAAACAGAAGCCCAGAGUAAACAGGAGAUCCAAAGAUUGCAGGAAAAAGUGCUUGUCUUAGAGAACAAACUGCAGUCCAUGGAGGCGCUGCAUCCUUCUCAGCAUGCCAAUAUGAUUGAAACUAAUGAUAUUUCAGAAGAGAAAAUAAAGAUGAAGCAGGCUAUGGAAGAACUGCAAGAUAAGCUGAGUAAAAGAGAUAAAGAGGUGUCCUCCCUCUCCUCCCAGACUGAAACUCUAAGGGCCCAAGUAAGUGCAUUGGAAAAUAAAUGCAAAGCUGGAGAAAAGAAGGGAGAUUCUCUGUUGAAGGAAAAGAAGCGGUUGGAAGCUGAACUGGAGACCUUGUCCAGGAAAACCCAUGAUGCUUCAGGCCAGCUGGUCCUGAUUAGCCAGGAGCUACUCAAAAAGGAAAGGAGCCUGAAUGAGCUGCGAGCUUUGCUACUGGAAGCAAACCGUCACUCGCCCGGGCCAGAGCGGGACCUGAGCCGAGAAGUGCACAAAGCAGAGUGGAGACUGAAAGAGCAGAAACUCAAAGACGACAUCAAAGGCCUGAGAGAAAAGCUGAUAGUGCUGGAUAAAGAGAAAUCGGUAACAGAUCAAAGGCGGUACUCCCUGAUUGACCCUUCAUCAGAGACUGAGGUUCUCCGGCUGCAGCACCGACUGAUCAGCACGGAGGACGUCCUGCGGAAUGCCCUGGAGCAGGGUCAGCAAAUGGAGAAACUCAUGGAGGCCAUGAGAAGUUCUUCAGAGAAAACACAGACUAUUGGAAACUCGGGAUCUGCUAAUGGGAUCCAUCAACAGGAUAAAUCCCACAAGCAGGAGGAGAAGCACUGAUCGAGAAGAAGAGGUGGAGAGGACCAUUUCAUGCCAGUAUCUUCUGCACACCGACAGGAAAAGGAUGCACCUCCUAAAGACUAGCAACAGUAUUUUCACUUUAAAAACAGGACUGUUUAUAACGUACUAACUGACCUAAGUAGGACAAUCCCCUGGUUCGUAUUUUCCAAGACGAGCAUCAUUCCAGAAGGAGCGGUAUGGCAACCUACCUGUGUAAAGAUCCUUUUGUUUUGCUUUCUUAUCCGUAUCGGUUUUGACGGUGGAAUUUGUAUUGGCCAAGUGGACCCUCCAUUCAUCCCACCUGAACAAUGUGGUCUUGCUGAGAGCUGAUGGUGGCUGAAACUUCAUCAGUGUUUCCUAGAACCCUAGAGGAAAUGCAAAGCCGUUUGCUUGGGGCAUUAGAAAAUUCCUAAGUGUGCUCCCAAAGUCUGCACUCUCCCCCGCCAGGUAAUCCCUGUCCCUCUCCCCCACCCACCCGCGUAGUAUGAAGAACUACAGAAAAGGGUUGGCUGGGCUGGCUGUGCUCAAGCCAGUCAGCGUGGAUUGUAGAAGACAAGCCUUUGGGACGGUCUUCCCCCUUUCCAGCAUAGAAGACCUCCCAGCUGUAGGCCAUGGAGACUCCACUUAGUACUGUAUGAUAGCACAGGGGGCACCUCAUCUGAUUUCAGGUGAUAUAAUUUAUUACAGCUAUUUCUGAGUCAGUGCUUACUCUGAGUUGAAGAAGGGGAGGGAGCCGCUGGCAGGGGUGAGUACAGGUCUCCUUAGCCUCUCUCCUCCGAGAGAUCUCUUAGCAGGACCGGCUGUGCCGGGGCCCAGAGCCAGGGCCCAUGGGUGUGUUGUGGCAUGUAGAGACGUACACAGCAUCUGGCUAGAGCCUUUGUAUGCCUGUUUGUGAGGGUCUGAGUAGAAAACACACACAUAGGAUGUAGUCGCAUUGGACAGACGCCUCUAGGCUCUGAUCCCUCUCCACUGCUAUCCACAGAAUUGUAAUCACUAGCUGGAAGAGAUGGGCUAGCCUAGCAUUAGGCUGCCUUGGCGUUGCCCCUGCCAUUCUCAGUUGUCUUUGGCUCUUCAGUACAAUAUCCGACAGGAGAGGGCUAACAUGUUGCUGUGAGCAUUCUUGCAAGAGUGCCUUAUACCAGGGACUGAGGAUGAUAUUGAAACAAAGGCCCCGUCUAGAGCAGGAGGGCUCCAGCUGUAACCAGAGCAGAUUUCUGUUCUUUCCUCUGUUUGCUGGGCACCUCAGACUCCCCCUACUUCUUGUAAGUGGGAGUUCGGGGUGCAGGUUUGGGCCCCAAAACAACACUGAGGGUCACAUUUUUAAAGCAGGAGCUCCAAGCCACGUGCACAGAAAUCUAGGCACAACUGAGCACCCAGAUUUGCACAAAAAACUGUUGCCAUUGUGGGUGCAGAGAGCCAGUUGUGCACCUCUGUACCCAUCUGCAAUAACUGUCCAUGCAGGAGGAGGAACCCCAUUGCCUGUGUGUAUUUGCACAUGGACUUGCUCCCUAUUCCAAGGGCUGUAUUCUAGCCUCAGUCUUUGCACUAAACUCCCAUUGGGCUGAAUGGGAUGAUACUUGGGUGGAGCGAGGGUAGAAUAUGGUCUGAGGCAAACCCCUUGCUCUGAAAAGAAAUAUUCACCUUUCGAUACCCUGGGACCCUAGGGAGCAGCAGCAGAUUCUUAGGCUCCAUUCAAACCCCUGAUGGGGCUGGGGCGGCUUCCCAAGGGGGGCAUCAGUACCUGGAAUGUGGGGCAGGACUUGGAUUGACAUAUUGCAGCACCAGUGAAAUGACUAAUGUUUAAUGGGCAAUCCUCUGGUUCUGGGGGAGAAGAGGCUCGUCAUGGAAACAAACGGCUGUUCUUGAUGCUGUUUGAUCCUUCCCCCCACCCUCCUCCAAGGGAAUUAGUUGCAGAAUCCCUUUUCAGAGGUACACAAAUCAAAUUGUUUCCUAUUUCUCUGGAAAUGCAGCAUUUUGGCCAUAUUUACCGUAAUGCAGCCAAAUGACAUAAAGUUGUGAACAGCUCAGUCUCUUCUCUGGGCAUCCCUGUGCCUCUCUGAAAUGCCUAGAUCAAGUCCACCGCUCUGCUCCUCUCUCCAGCUCUUUGCCGCACAUCCUGGGCUAGUUCAUGAGCUGGAGCUCCCGUGGACGUGGACAAGAGCUCCCAACAUGGCAGGACACGACCGAGCUGUUGACUUCCUGUGAAGAUGUGCCAUUGCACAUGAGCUGGGAAUCUGGCCCUUCGUUUUCCUGUAUGGUUUUUCUUCAGCCGCUUUUGGCUACUCUGAAAUUCUCCAGCCACCCAGAGUCUGGGGCAGCUCGAGGCAAACUGGGGAAGAGUUUUGCCCCACCCGUCCAAGUCUCCUGCACGAGGGAAGCCACUAGACCUCUUGCCGGGCGGUGAAAUAGAGUUAGGCCUUUUUCACCUGGUGGGGAUGGUGGACACUGGAUCUGUUUCAAUGGCUGAGAUAAGGAGGUGGGUUCAGGAAAGUGAGGCAUGUUGGGAGAAGAAGCCUAAAUUUGGUUAAUGAGUUCAGAGGGUUAACGGGAGUUCAGGUGGGACAGGUCCUGCUGUGUGGAACCAGCACCCUCUACCUGCAUAGAAGAACAAAGCACUAAUCAUUGCCUCAGGCUUGGAUUUUCAAAGCACCUAAGGGACUUAGGAGCCAAAAGCCCAUUGAUAGACAGCCCAAGUGUAAAAUGUCAUAACCAAGCAAAACUAAUGUACAGCAGGAGGUGCCAUGUUGAUCAUUUGGGGGUGGUAUUUUCAAAAGCACCCAGCACUGGCCGCCUGACUCUGCUGCCUCUGAAAUUAAUGGUCAAACGCCCAGUGACUUCAAUGGGAGCAGUCAGGGCAGUGCCAUGGGCUUUGGAAAAUGCCUUCCAGGGCUUAGGGAAGGCAGCAGCCAUGUGAGUGCCUAGGAGUUCCUGGGACUUAUCAAGUGGGAAAGCCAGGGGGGGAGGGUUGAUUUUUUAAUUAAUCUGUAUUUAUUUUCCAUCUAGUUUGAAAGUAACAUGCCUCCGUUAUUUAAAGAGGAUUAAAUAGCAACUUUCUGCGUCGCUUUGCAACCCUCCUGCUUCCCCGGGUUCAAACAGGAGCUGCCCACUGGGAGGUGUGCACUGCGCCAGUCCUCUGCUGGUCUGAAUGGGGCAAAGCUCUGAAGUGACUGGCACUGCCCUGAUUGAAACCAGAGGAGAAUUUGACCUAUCAAGAUAUAUCAGGCCAGUGCACCUGAGUCCAUUCAGUUACGGGGAGAAGGGAGAAGAGAGCCUGCUUUGUAAACUGGCUUUGACUAUCUUCUCAGGAUCUAAUGCUCUCUAGGAUAUAACUGAGGGCAUAGUCUUUAAGGGGAGAGUAGCCUUCCAGGGAAAGGCCUUACCACAGCAAUGGGCUGCACUGAAUCACACGCUGUCCCGCAGGCUCUGAGUUUCCCCUUUUGGAAAGAGAUCUCUGCAUAGAGAGAAACAGCGUGGGGCAAACCUGUUCUCCUCGGACACGCCACAGCAGCCCCAGGCUCUGCCCCUGUGCACCCAGCCAUAUAGGAUCAGCGCCCCAUUUCCAGCUCGCCUUGCAGGCGGGAGAGUUACAACAGAAACAGAUGCCCCUGCUCAGGAGAGCCCAGCCAGGAGCUGAAUGCCUCUGGAAUGCAGAUCACACAGGGUGCAUUUCCUCCCUGUGCGGCAGGGCCAGCAUGAGGCCUGUGUGCCCGUGAAGUCCUGCAGAAGUGAAACAGGCACCAGAGACAGCGGCGAGGAAUUUCCCUAGUGCCCACAGCUCAUGCUGGCCCUCUGCUCAGGUGCUAGCUGCACCCGUAGAUUUUUAGGAGACCAAAUUAGAAAGAAACCCAGAAAGUGACAAGUCAGAGGGUCCCCUUCCACCACAUUUAUUUAUAAGCUUCUCGCUACUUUGGCCCAGAUACAGUGGUACAUAAAGCACUCUGCAACAUUCUGUGUAACUGGCAUCAUCAGUAUUUUCCUGGGGGAGGGGGUCAUCAAAGGGAAGUUAUGCAGCCAACUCCCGUUGGCAGUCAGUAGGAGUUGAGAGCCUAGCUCCCAUUUGAAAGUCUCUCCCAUCAGCAUUAAUCCUAGUGAUCUUGUUCAGAGCUUCAAAUCUGAAGUAAGAUAGGGGGCUGCUUUCUCCUCCGUGACCCCCACAGUUGUCUCCAUUGCAUGUUCCAUGCUGGUAUCGCACCCAGGGCUGUGUGCAGAAUAUGCCUUCAUGAUCAACAACUGCAGUGUGGGUGAGAGGGGAGAAUUUUCCCUCUACAGUCAAGGGGUCUUGGGUGAGAGCUAGUUGCUUGGAAAAGCAGUGCUGAGCUGUCUGGUCCACCCAUGCGCCCUUCCCAUUCAAAGAGCAAUUAAGGGCCUGCACAGUGGUUGAAUCUGUAGGAAUUAUGAGUCCAUGCUGUUGAAAAUUGGGACUUUCUAUCCAUUGUAUUACUUCAGUGGCUGGAAGAGUUUUUUGUUUUGUUUUCCCACUGAAGGCUGAGAAAUCAUCUGAAGAAUAAAGUCUCCCUGCCAACUGGAGAGGCUCUUGAAGAUCCAGGUUAGCAACCUUUCCCCUCAUCCUAGCUAAAGAGAAAUCUUACAAGCAUUUGGAUGGCAGUACUGGCUUUAUCCUUUUCAGAGUUCAGAAAAGUGAAGCGGACACACAGUCCCAUGCUAAUACCCAUGGGUCCUAAAUUAAUAGUCAGGACAUACCAGCUACUGCCCCAUCCCCUCCUCUGAUCAGUUCCUUUGACUUUCAGUGGGUAUGCAUGAUGGUUUCAUGAAAACAAACAAAAAGAUGCAACUGAAACCUUCACAAGAUUCCAGGACCCCGUUGUUACAGCAGCUUUUAGCGGUUCACCACUAUCUUGUAGGGAAUUAUUAAUCCACUAAAAUCUAUAGGCCUCCAUGUAAGUUACCAGAAUAAAGGCGAUAGUAGAUGUAUAAAUGGAUGAUAACAUUUUACCCAGACAGUAUGUAUUACAAUUUUGUAGCUUAGUCAUUUUUUGGCUAUCGAAUUUUGUGAGUAAGAUAAAAAAAAAAAACGGUUUGACUGCAAAUGUUUAUUUUGUUAUUUGAUUCUUUUCCCUCCCCUUCCUAUGUACAAACGCUGUACAAAUCUGAGUCCACUGAGUGUAACUACAACAGAUGUGUAUUAAUGUACCACAGACCCCAGUAGUGGCUUGCUAAAGUGUGGUGAGCUCAUACUAAAACAAUAAAACUUGUGGCUAAAGUCGGG